GUACCACUGUUGUACCAGUUACUGGAGGUAGAGUAAGGAUGUCGCCCGGGCGAAGCAGCAGCAGCAGCAGCGUUAUGGAAGUAGACAAGAAGAAGAACUCGAGGUUGCUCACCUUCGUCACCAAGAUCGAGAUAUUGGACAAGCUCAAGACGGGGUUCCGAGUUAGUCACCUGGCACGCGAGUAUGGCAUCAGCGACUCUACCAUUGGCAACAUGAGAAAGAACGAAGAUGUCAUUAGAUUACGAGCGAGUACCGCAGAGGGAAUUCAGGAACUGGAAUACUUAAGGGCUAAGAAAAUCGCUGAGGAGAGAUACAAGAAACUUAAUAAUUCUGAGAAUACGAAAAAGGCCGAAGAAAGAAUUCAAGAAUUCAGCGACUUUGAGGAAAGAAAAGAUGCAGAUGUACGGAUUCAGGACACGGAUAAUUUCAAGGAAGCGGAAGUUGUUGAUAGAAUUGAAGAAUUGGGCAAUAUGGAGAGCAAGAAGGAUGUCAAAAACCGAAUUGAAGAAUUAGGUGCUUUUGAUGACCUGAAAGAUUUAGAAAACAAACACGGAGGGUUACCUCCUGAAGGUAGUAAAUACACUAAAGAGGAACAAAUGGAGUAUCAAGACAGAGCGGAAGUGGCAGAAAACACAAACAAUUCUGCAGGUCAGUCUUCAGAUUCCACCCAGGAGUCUCCUGUACCCACUAGAGGGAACUACGAACCACUUAGUAAUGGUCUCAAAGGAAAGUGCAAGCGAGUGUGUCCCAACUGCACGUGUCUGGUGGCUGUACGUAAGUACACCUGUGAGUGCGGUUACAACUUCAAACAGGAGAAGAAUCUCAGAAAAAAUAAGAGGGACGCCCACCUGCUGGUCAUGGGGAAGCGCGCCAGUCAGAACAGGAACCUUUGGAGAGCGUUUGAUGCUGUUGAGAAGCAGAGCAUCAAAAUACAAGGGGGAGGAUACAAGAUUGUCUCCCUCUACUACAAAGAGUGUCCCACGAGGAACCAAAAAGGGAUCAUAUCUGGCAGCUGGCUCAAGGAGGAGGACGCCAACCUUCUCGUACAGUUCUUCUGCAAAGUGAUAGAAUCAUCACGGAACAGAGAUGAGGAACAGAGACAAGAGAUGCAACAGGAAGAGGAGCUCCCAUUGUUGCAAAACAUGCAGGAUAUCAAGCAAGAGGACUUGCUACCACAGUACGAGGACCAUGAGGAGCAACUACCGCUGUUGCAGAACAUGCUGUGUAUCAAGCACGAGGACUCCCCACCUGAACACAUGCAACAAGAGCAGCAACAACCAUCAUCGUUGCAAAACGUGAUAUACAUUAAACAGGAAGACUCACUAGUGCAGGAUAUGCAACAAGACCCUCUUGCGCAAGACGUGAAACAAGGCGAACAACCACCACAGUCGCAUAGCAUACCAGAUGUUAAGCAAGAGGCGCCGGCACUACAGAGCGUGCAACAAGAUCAUAUAUCAUAGGAGGUACAAUGAAUGAAUGUAAUUCAACAAGAACCAUAACAUUUUUGUGAUAUGGUUAAUUACUUUGUAUGUAAGGUUAGCUAUGUACACUGAGAGGUGAAUAUCUUACGUAUAUUCACUAAGAGUUAUGUCUCUCAGUCUGUAUACACCAAGAGGUGUAUAUCUCUUGUGUAUAUACACUGAGCAGUGUAUGUCUCAGUCUACAUUGAGAGAUGUAUAUUGUGUAUAUACACUGAGCUGUAUGUUUCUCAUGUCAUUAUACACUUCAGAGGUAUUUAUGUCUCUGUCGAUAUACACUGAGUGUAUAAUCCCUAUUUUAGGGAUUAAAGUGAUUUUGACUGGUGGUGUAUAUGUGACACACAGCCUUAAUGACUCUUUGCGUUGUCGAUAAGCUUCAAGGUCAGUUGACUACCAAUGUAAAGUGGAAGGAACCACAUAGGAAUAACGACUUGGUAAAAGUUAGCCUCCUUAAUGUUCUGUUAUCACCUGUUUUCUCAUUGGCCUGUCUGUUUCAUUCUUUUUUAUCGAGUUGCUACUGACAGCCAACACCAGAUUUAGUUGAAGUAGAAGGAAUAGUUGAAAUGGGAUACAGUAGAAGCCCCAUAUCUGUGAAUUCGAUUUUCAUGGAUUCAGUUAUCCACAGUUUACCGUGUCCCGAAAAUAACCCUUAAUUUUGCUUAAUAACGGCCCCAAAGUGCAAAAAUAGUGACGGUGGCAGUUCUUCAAAGCCUAAGAGAAUCCGUGAAGUGCUUCCCAUCAAUGUAAAAAAUGAUAAUUCUCAAUACAACAAGGAAAAAAUUGUAUGCUGAACUCACUAAGAUGUGCGGCAAGAAUGUAUCUUCCAGUCAUGAAGUAUAACAACGUACAGUGUACUUUAUUAUUAUUAUUUAAUGUCGGUAAUGUUUUAUGGUGCAUAAUUUAUCAAUUAAAUUUUAUCAUAGGUGUGUAAGCAAAAAAUGACAUAUAUAUAGGGUUUGCUAAUACCUGUAGUGUUGGGCAUCUGCGGUAGAUCUUGGGAUGUACCGUAUUUCGUGGCUUAUAAGACAUGGCUUAUAAGACUUGUUUUAGUUUUAAUGGCUCAGCAUCGGACGUAACUGGGAGAGCUACAGCCCACGUCACACUCCAAACUUAUAGCUCCUGUCACUGACCUUCAAUUUAUAAGAUGCAGGCUGGUUUUUGGAGACAUUUUAUGGAAAAAAUGCAUCUAAUAGGACGCAAAAUACGGUAUCCUUCUACAGUUAUACCAGGGACUACUGUACUCAUCAUUUCUAGUUCAGUGGUAGACUAUACUGGAGACUGUUUAGGAAAAAUUCUCUUAUUCUUAUCCCCUUCUCAAGGGAGGUGCCUUGAUGCUGGUGAGGGGCUCUUGAUCCAAGGAAUUGGAAUUGUCCUCCCCUUCCUUAGAUCAAACCAGAUUGCCUCCCAUUUCCCAAGUGCUGUUUAACCCGUAUGAUUUUAAUGCCUCCUUCCCCGAUUGUGGUAAUUUCUGCAUAUACAGUAUUGUACGCAGUUCUUAUGUACAGUUGAUCCAUGAACAGCAUGGGGGUAAGAGGGCAACAACCCCCCGCAUAGUCGAAAAUCCACAUAUAAAUUUUAACUCCCCACAAACUUAACUACUAAAAGCCUUACCGAUAAACAAUCGACAAACGCAUAUUUUGUAUGUUAUAUAUUUUUUAUUGUUAUUAACACACUGGCCGAUUCCCACCAAGGCAGGGUUGCCCGAAAAAGAAAAACUUUCACCAUCAUUCACUCCAUCACUGUCUUGCCAGAAGGGUGUUUUACACUACAGUUUUUAAACUGCAACAUUAUACAGUGGAACCUCAAAUAUCGAACUUUCUUCGGUCCAGACGGCUGUUUGAGUGUCUUUACCGAAUGAAUUUAUUCCCAUCAGGAAUAAUAUAAAUUAGAUUAGUCCAUUUCAGACCCUCAAAAAUACACACUUAUAAAAGCACUUACAAAAAUACACUUACAUAAUUGGUUGUGUUGGGAGCAGUUCGAUUUUUGAGGUUCCACUGUAUACUGUAUUCUUGCAUUAAAGUAAGCUAGAGAAUAGAAAAUUUAUUAAGAAAAUCAUAAGGAAGAGAAAAUACAUUUACAGUACUGUAGUGUAUUUAUGGAUACUGUAAAUUUAUGUCUGACUGUCAGUACCUUCAUUACUAUUGUCUUGUACAAAACACUAUGUGUUAUAUGUAUUACUAACACUAGACUUCAAAAAUAAAAAAAUGAUGUGAAAAAGACUGAUUGUGUGAAUGAUGGUGAAAGUUUUUUUUUUGGGGGGGGUCACCCUUCCCCUGUGGGAGAUGGCCAGUGUGUUAAUAAUAUUAUUU